AGGUCGCUGGGCGCUGUGUACAUCUGCGCUUUAAAUGAAGAGGCGGUUGCAGUGCGGUAGGUCGUGGCUGCGUAUCGCUUGCUGCACAGGAACGGUGCUCGUCAUUUACCACCUGGUGCUCAUCACUUACCACCUUCUGUGCUGUGACGUGCCCCCGGGUCUAGCUAUGGACAAGAGCCGUGAUCCAUGGAGUGAAAGUAUAUUGGACUAUUUCUUGAAGAAAGAUCUGAUAAAAGCCAGAGAUGGAGUAGAAAUAAUCUGGGAGCAUGCAGCAAACAGCAAGGAGAAGUUACGCCAGGCCCUGCGGAGUGAUGUGCAUAUGAUCGAGGCCGAUGUUCUCCUCCGAGGGGCUGGGCGUAGAGAACCUAUAAUGGCUCAUCCUCCUUACACUGACAGUGACAUAAAUCUACAGGACUGGCUGUCUGAGGUCUCUGCAUCUAGUAAAGGCAUUAAGCUUGAUUUCAAAAGUUUGGAAGCUGUGCUGCCUUCUAUGAAGAUCUUGGAUGCAAUGAAGGAUAAUCUUCAUCAACCUGUUUGGAUAAAUGCGGACAUACUUCCUGGGCCUGGUGGAAGUGUCACAGUGGAUGCAAGAGAAUUUCUUCAAAUCGUCACCUCUUUCUUUCCAAAUGUUACUCUAUCAUUGGGCUGGACAACUGCAUGGCAUCCUGAUAAAAGCAAUGAAGGCUACAGCUGGGAGAUGGUGAGAGAAAUGGAGAAGAUAUGUAAGAAUCUGAGCCAGCUUGUGACUUUCCCAGUCAGAGCAGCUUUAGUGCGACAGUCGUGGCCUCAGCUGCAGUGGCUGCUGCAGACGUCAGACAGGUACAGCCUGACCGUCUGGUCAGGGAAGGAUGACAUCUACCCUGUGGAGGACCUGCUGUACAUUCGACAGCAUUCUGGGGCUGAUCAGAUAUUUUAUGAUGUGUUUGAACCUCAAAACGGUGAACUGAAGCAGGCCGUGAAACGAAAACAACAAGCAAAAUAAAAGUAACACUAAAUAAUGGUAGUAGCUGACUGAGGGAGGUUCAUUACAUCUUUUGGUGGAACUGUAUGCCACAGAAAGCAACACUGCAGGGAACAUAAAGCAAUAAAUAGGCCUCAUUAAAAUCAAUGAUCCAUCCACAAAAUACUAUACAUCGACACUAUUUUGUUUUACUUUGGCAUAAUUUUACAUUUUUCCUAUUGCAUAGUGUGUCUUUAGGUCUGUUUUGGGAUAGUUGGGUCAGAUUUUCAGUUACAGCUAAUAAUGAUUUGUCAUAGGGGGCCACAUAUGGUCCCAUUUAUCAUGUCCUUGUUGUAUUUCAUUUCUUAGGUUCUUCACACAAUCCCCCACCUUCCCGGGGCUCACGCUACAGCUAGAAAGACUUUUAGCGCGCAGUAAUGUUUUUAUUGGCAAUUUAAAGGGGCUGUCUGAGAUAAUUAAAGUCUCAGAGAUGCUACUGAAUGGUCUGAAUUAAAAGAAAAAUGGUCUUAUACUUAUUAUUUGCAGCGAUGUUCUCUGUUUCACCAGUCCAGUGCAGCGCUGUCGUUCCCGUAUACGGUACAUGACCACUACAGCCAAUGCCUGUCCACAGCAGUCUACCAUUGAGGAAAGUAAUUGGCGGUUACAUGUCACUGUGACAUGCGGGUGUACAGCACGCCACCGCUGCAGUUGGUAAACAGGAGUGAUCGUAGGACUGGAGGCACAGAGAAUGGCGUUGUAGAAAAUUAUAGCGUCAUUUUUAUUAUAUUUGUGAGGUUUUUUUUAGACAAUUUGGGGUCUUGUCUGAGAUUUUUAAUUAUCUUGGACGACCCCUUUGUAUCCAUUACACAAAAUCGAAGUAGGCAGAAGACAGCAUGACUUUCGCAUACUGAGACUGCCCCGAUCCAUGCUUCAGAGACGUUUGUCGAAGGGAGAGAGUACUCUGAGCAGCACUUCUGCCUCUUCA